ACACAAAUUUCAACCUAAAACUCCAUGGAGUGUUGAACCCUAUUCUUAUUUGAAUCCAUUUUGUGAAAAUUUCACUCACCUCUGCUCCAAGUUUAUAAGUUUUCAGUUCUUACACGCAACUUUGUUACAAAAACACAAAACUCUGCAUCAGCAAUUCAGCAUAGUUUAGACAAAAAAGAAAAGAGAAAAGCAAAACAAAUAAUCAAAUAACAUAAAAUUAAGAGAAGCAGAAGAGAGAGAUUGAAAAACACAUUCUCUCUCUCUCUCUCUCUCUCUCUCUCUCUCUCUCUCUCUGUUUUGCUGUUUCUCUCUGUUUUCUGUGUUCUGUGCAUUGUCACGCUGCAUCUCUAUUUUGUAUUUACAAUCGAAAACGUUGUCGUUUGGGGUGUGUGCUGUUGGUGAUUAUCCUCGUUGGUCAGUCUCCAAAGGUUGGAGCUUUGCACAGGUAGCUACAACACAUGAAUACAUCAUCACAAUCAUAAGCGUCAUAAUUAUCAACAAUCUUUGAAUCACAAGGGCAAAUUCAGAGACCCUUUGUGAAAAAGAUCAGUUUUUUGUAAUCUUCUUCGAGAUAUUGGAUUUUUCUGGUCACACCCUUUGUCCCUUUGUGUGUUUUGGAUGCUAUAAGAAAACAACACUCUUGAUAAUAGCAAUAGAAAGCUAUUUUUAUCUUCUUCCUUCUCGUGUUCUUUGUGUUUACGUGUGUUGAUGAAAAAUCUCUUGUUUUGUUUUCAUGUGCAAUGUGUCCACAGAAUCUACCUCCAGAUGCAUAUUUGAUGGUGAAAUGAUUCCCUUUCUAUUCCGCUUCACUGAUCUCAAUCUCUUAGCUGCUGCUGCUUCUUCUUCUUCUUCUCAUCGACUCAUUUCUCUGAAUCCCAAGCUUUCUUCAAUAACACAGCAAUGUCUACAACACUACCUCCUUCUUCUUCUUCUGUUGGAUCGUCUAAUACCCUUUUGAAUGAGAUCCUUUCUUUGCCAGUUUUGGAACUUGUAGCAACGUGUGCCAACUUGGCACUGCUGCUUGUGUUUCUCAUUGUUAUCUUUUCAAGAAAGGUGCUUGGGAACGUGGGAAGUGUUAGAUAUGACAAUAAGGAUGAUAUUGCAAGCAAUGGUGGCGCAGUUAGUCCUAGAGUUGUUGAUGCACAAACACAUCAAGUUAGGAUUGGUACAUGGUUCAAGCUUUCGGUCUUGUCUUGUCUCUAUGUUCUGUUGGUGCAACUUGUGGUGUUGGGGUUUGAUGCUGUAGCUUUGAUUCAGGGAAAGGGUAAUUUGUCUGUAAUUUUGUUGCCAGUUUCUCAGGGUUUGUCUUGGAUUGUGUUGAGCUUCUUGGCUUUAAAUUGCAAGGCUCAGAGGCUUGAUAGGUUUCCAUUUUUGUUGAGAGUUUGGUGGAGUGUGUCAUUUGUUAUUUGCUUGUGCACUUUGUAUGUUGAUGGGAGGGGGUUAUGGGAUGAAGGUUACAAGCAUUUGCAGUCCCAUGUGGUGGUGAAUUUCGCAGCCACGCCUGCACUUGCCUUCUUGUGUAUUGUUGCAGCUAGGGGUGCUACCGGUAUUGAAGUCUGUGGGGAUUCGGAUUUUCGAGAGCCGUUGCUUGCUGAAGAAGAAUCAGGGUGUGUGAAGGUUACUCCAUACAGUGAUGCUGGAAUUUUUAGCCUGGCUACUCUGUCUUGGCUGAACCCAAUUCUUUCCCUCGGCGCAAGGCGACCAUUGGAGCUUAAGGACAUUCCCCUAGUGGCACGAAAAGAUCGAGCUAAGACAAAUUACAAGAUUUUGAAUUCUAAUUGGGAGAGAUUGAAGGCUGAAAAUUCGUCCGGACAGCCUUCGUUAGCUUGGGCACUUCUCAGAUCAUUUUGGAAGGAAGCAGCUUGGAAUGCCAUCUUUGCUGGUUUGAAUACUCUUGUUUCUUAUGUUGGUCCUUACAUGGUAAGCUACUUUGUUGAUUACUUGAGUGGCAAACAAAGUUAUCCGAACGAGGGCUAUGUCCUCGCUGGGAUAUUCUUCGUGGCGAAGCUUGUUGAGACCUUUACAACUCGUCAAUGGUAUCUAGGAGUGGAUAUCUUGGGCAUGCAUGUUAGAUCAGCUCUAACAGCGAUGGUGUAUCGAAAGGGGCUUAGACUCUCGAGCUUAGCGAAGCAAAGUCACACAAGUGGAGAGAUUGUUAACUACAUGGCUGUAGAUGUUCAAAGAGUAGGGGACUACUCUUGGUACCUUCAUGAUAUGUGGAUGCUUCCUAUGCAGAUUGUUCUUGCCCUUCUAAUCUUGUACAAGAACGUUGGAAUUGCUUGUAUUGCAACACUGAUUGCUACCAUCAUUUCAAUUGUUGUCACUGUUCCAGUAGCUAGGAUCCAAGAAGAUUAUCAAGACAAGUUAAUGGCUGCAAAAGAUGAAAGGAUGAGAAAAACAUCUGAGUGCUUAAGGAACAUGAGGAUUCUCAAGUUGCAAGCUUGGGAAGACAGGUAUCAAAUAAAGUUAGAGGAGAUGCGUGGAGUCGAGUUCAAAUGGCUUCGAAAAGCGUUGUACUCGCAGGCUUUCAUAACAUUCAUAUUCUGGAGCUCCCCCAUUUUUGUUUCAGCUGUCACUUUCGCUACAUGCAUAUUGCUGGGUGGAGAGUUGACUGCAGGUGGUGUGCUUUCUGCUUUGGCUACUUUUAGAAUCCUCCAAGAACCUCUCAGGAAUUUUCCGGACUUGGUUUCAACAAUGGCUCAGACUAAGGUUUCGAUUGAUCGAAUAUCUUGUUUCCUGCUUGAGGAAGAGUUGCAGGAAGAUGCAACUAUUGUCUUACCUCAUGGAAUCUCUAAUGUUGCAGUAGAAAUUAAGGAUGGCAUCUUCUGUUGGGACCCUUCUUCAUCUUCUAGACCAACUCUAUCAGGGAUUCAUAUGAAGGCCGAAAAAGGAAUGCGUGUGGCUGUUUGUGGUAUGGUUGGUUCUGGGAAAUCAAGUUUUCUUUCUUGCAUCCUUGGAGAGAUUCCUAAGCUUUCCGGCGAAGUAAGGGUGUGCGGCUUGUCUGCAUAUGUCUCGCAAUCAGCAUGGAUACAGUCUGGAAACAUAGAGGAAAAUAUUCUGUUUGGAAGCCCAAUGGACAAAGCAAAGUACAAGAAUGUUCUUCAUGCUUGUUCUCUUAAGAAGGACUUGGAGCUUUUCUCACAUGGUGAUCAAACAAUUAUUGGUGAUAGAGGCAUAAACCUGAGUGGUGGCCAGAAGCAGCGUGUUCAGCUCGCACGAGCACUCUACCAAGAUGCUGAUAUUUAUCUUCUUGAUGAUCCCUUUAGUGCAGUUGAUGCUCACACCGGAUCAGAAUUGUUUAGGGAGUAUAUAUUGACAGCACUAGCAAAUAAAACAGUAAUCUAUGUGACACAUCAAGUUGAAUUUCUUCCUGCUGCUGAUUUGAUACUGGUUCUCAAAGAAGGCUGCAUCAUACAAGCUGGAAAAUAUGAUGAUCUCUUACAAGCAGGAACAGAUUUUAAUGCUCUAGUUUCUGCUCACCAUGAAGCCAUAGAGGCUAUGGAAAUUCCUAGUUUCUCAUCUGAAGAUUCCGAAGAACAUUUAUCCUUAAAUGCAUUGGUUAUAUCCAGUAAGAAGUCUAUUUGUUCCACAAAUGAUAUUGACAAUUUGGCAAAGGAACUGCAAGAGGGAUCAUCGAAUUCAGAUCAAAAAGCGAUUAAGGAGAAGAAGAAAACAAAACGCUCAAGGAAAAAGCAACUAGUUCAAGAAGAGGAGAGGGUCAGAGGUAGAAUCAGCAUGAAGGUUUAUUUGUCAUACAUGGCAGCAGCAUAUAAAGGGUUAUUGAUUCCUCUCAUAAUCAUGGCGCAAACGUUCUUUCAGUUUCUACAGAUUGCUAGUAAUUGGUGGAUGGCUUGGGCUAACCCACAAACUGAAGGAGACCUGCCAAAAGUAUCUCCCACAGAGCUUCUUGUUGUUUACAUGGCCCUCGCUUUCGGCAGCUCCUGCUUUAUAUUUGUAAGGGCUAUUCUGGUGGCUACAUUUGGCCUUGCAGCAGCUCAGAAGCUGUUCUUGAAGAUGCUUAGAAGUGUUUUCCAUGCACCAAUGUCUUUCUUCGACUCUACACCUGCCGGACGGAUCUUGAAUCGUGUAUCAGUUGAUCAAAGUGUUGUGGAUCUUGACAUUCCUUUCAGACUCGGUGGCUUCGCUUCGACAACAAUACAACUUAUUGGUAUUGUUGGUGUGAUGACAGAAGUCACAUGGCAAGUUUUGCUCCUAGUUAUCCCAAUGGGUGUUGCUUGUUUGUGGAUGCAGAAAUACUAUAUGGCUUCCUCGAGGGAACUAGUCCGAAUUGUAAGCAUCCAGAAGUCUCCAAUCAUAAAUCUUUUUGCUGAAUCAAUUGCUGGAGCUUCUACAAUAAGAGGAUUUGGACAAGAAAAGAGGUUUAUGAAGCGAAAUCUCUAUCUUCUAGAUUGCUUUGCUCGGCCAUUCUUCUGCAGUCUUGCUGCUAUCGAAUGGCUCUGCUUGCGGAUGGAGUUACUGUCAACUUUUGUAUUUGCUUUCUGCAUGGUAUUACUUGUAAGCUUCCCCCAUGGAAGCAUUGAUCCCAGCAUGGCUGGACUUGCUGUGACUUAUGGACUCAAUUUGAAUGCACGUUUAUCGAGAUGGAUACUUAGCUUCUGCAAACUCGAAAAUAAAAUCAUUUCUAUUGAAAGAAUUUACCAAUACAGUCAAAUUCCAAGUGAAGCACCAGCAAUCAUUGAAGAUUUUCGCCCUCCACCCUCAUGGCCUGAAAAUGGAACAAUUGAAAUAAUUGAUCUGAAGGUACUUAUUAGAUCAGUUUUGUUAAAUUUUUACCUCUUUAUUUCAUUUUAGAUUAUUAAUUCUCACAAGCAA